CUUACCGAGUGCAACAAGUAAAGAACAAGGGGGUUGGAUUGGAGCUUAAAUGAGUUUCAUGCUCAAGGAUCGUUUCCCGUUUCUGGAUCGUGGUGUUUAGAUGAAUGCCAUGGCUAAUUACCCGCAUUACAGGUCACAGUUCGGUGACACGACGUUUACUAAACUGUUCGUCGGAGGUCUAGCUUGGGAGACACCUACGGAGGAAAUGCGAAGGUAUUUUGAGCAGUUCGGGGAGAUUCUUGAAGCUGUUAUAAUCAUGGAUAAAAACACAGGAAAAUCUAAAGGUUAUGGAUUUGUGACUUUUCGCGAUCCUGAAUCGGCAAGGAGGGCUUGUGCUGUGCCCAAUCCGGUGAUCGGUGGACGAAAAGCAAAUUGUAACAUUGCUUCACUUGGACGGCCGAGGCCUCCACCACCACGAGGCAGAUUUCCAGGUAGCAGUCCUUAUCAGCGGGUUGCUCCAUCUUACAGCGGCGUUGCAGGGACAGUGCCUCCGCCACCGCCACCUCCACCUCCGCACGUCAUUUUUCCGCCACAUGGAUACCCAAUCUACACUCCAGAUUAUGGUCACCACCCUGCACCGUAUAACCCACAAGUGCAGCAACUACAAUACUACCAUAAUCAGGUGUCAUUUGCCCCAUAUUACUAUGGGUAUUCUUUCCGAGCUGCCAGGGGAACAUAUUCUGCAACACAACCUGAACACCCAUCCUAUCUUUACUAUCCUGCUGCUCAAAUGGAGGGGUCUGUCUCCCCCUAUCCUUCCUCACCUUUUCAAGUACUCCACCGCAAUCCAUUUCCCUCUUCUUUUGAUUCUCAGGUUUCACUGCCCACCUUCACAGGAAUGGAAGCUGGGCCAGCCACCUCUGAUCAAGGCCCAAUAAUCUAAGGGAACAAAUCACCCACAUACUC